UACUUACCUUCCACACUAUACCUUUCCCAUACGGGCUGUGAACUUGUAAAAUACACGAGCUUAUUAACUACCAAGUAAAUACUUGAUACAGAUAGAAACACGUAGUUGGCUUGAUUUUUAUCGUUCUUAACCUGCUCUCACGUCAGCAUGGCUAAAGGUCUUUGCCAGCGGCGGCGCGUAAAGCGGGCUCUAGAAGCAGCGAGGGGAAACCUACACAAGAUUGCGAACGGCAAGGCGUUACCCAAAGCACUUCCGGAGGCACCGAAGCCAAAGGACACCGAGAAGCUUCCGGCGUCGUUGCGCAAAUUGUUGGCACUGAAGGAGGCAGCUGAGCAGCAGCAAGGCGGCAAAGCGCGCACAACCGAAUCUGGGGCCGCACCGUCGACAGCAAGCCAAGGAAAGGGAAAACGCAAAGAUGGCGCUAAAGACUCGCAGUCAGAUGGGGACGGGCCGUCAACCUCAGGCCGCACGGGCAUGGCGGCAGAAGCUGCGCAGCAGCAGAAGCAGCAGCAAGGCCACAAGGACGGCGGGUUAAAGGGCGGAAACGCCUUCACGACUGCACAAUCGGAAGAGAAGAAGCUGAAGGACCGCAAGAAGGAGUACCUGAAGCGCAAGCAGCAGGACAAGAAGCGGAAGAAGGUGCCCGCGGGGCAGGUGGUGGUGGAGAAGGAGCUGCAGCUGCGGGACAAAGUCAAGUUUGGAGAGGUGGUCGAUGCGCCGCUGGAGGUGCACCUGAAGCGCAAGCACUGGGCGGAGCAGCAGGAGCGCAGCGAUAACGAGCGCUGCAAAAACAUCUUCCUCAAGCAGAUGCAGCAGGCGCAGCAGCGGCUGGAGGGAGGAGGCGGCGAGGCGGAUGAGGGGCAGCCGCGGCGGGGCGGCAAGGCAGCAGGCGCCGGGCAGCAGCAAAAGCAACAACAGCAGAAGAAAGACAAGAAGCGGAAGGCGCCGAUGGACGAGGAGACGGAGGCGCUGCGGCAGCAAGUGAUCGAGUCCUACCGCGCCACCAAGAAGGGCGGCGGAUACCACAACGCGGCAGUCGGCAAUGCCACCAUGAGCUCGCUGUCCCAGCUGGUUGGGAAGAGCGGCAAGGCGGCAGCAGCGGCUACACACACGCUGGCUUGAGCGGGUGUCCUGUGGGAGGGGAUGGAGAUGCAUGUGCUGAUGCAUGGGAGCCGUGUGAACGAGGGGCAGUGUGCGGUUGGUGGUUGUGCGGAGGGCUGCGUUGAGUGCCUGAUAGGAAGAAGCUGGAUCUUUAUCCGGCUGGGACAUACCUGUUCUGAGCUUCGGACUUCGUAAAACGUGCCAAGAGUUUCAUGGCCCUGCAAAAUGGCCGUGUCAGUGUCAUGGCUGGGCUGGGUAAACGUGGCUUGCUGCAAGACUCGUCCUGCAAGGCCGUUACAUCCUGCGUACCGGUUUUAGGCAGCGAACACCUGCUUCUGGUAUGAACGUAAAACACAACCGACAACCCGAGUGUAAAACCACCAAACUA